CAAGCAGCGAACAUAUCGUCGACGUCAGUACCCGGCCUCCCUGUGCUGCUCGGGGCCGCUGCCGUACCAAACCGCAUCGCGACAGAGCCGGCACACACUAACACCGAUAUCGUGUGCUCGCUUGCAUCGUCCUCUUCCUGCGCUCGCAGAGCGACGAUGAACAGAUGGAUACUGACGAGGAUAUCCAUCGGUCAUUCAAGCCGCCAGCAAACUAUGCCAAAGCCAGCAUCGAUGCCGGGCGUGCUGGCCCCUUCGACAUCGAUGCGCUGAAUGCCAAGGAUACCGAGAUCUGGCUGAUUCGAGUGCCCGAAGGCCUGCCUCUCGGCGCCCUCAGCGAUGUCACUAUCCCCGUCGGCAAGCUGGCUGACUCGGGCGACGACGACGAGCCACUGGCAAAGAUCACCCACAGCGGAUCGGACGGCAAAGAGAUCUUUGCCCUGGAGGCCGUCAACGACUGGGAGCAGACCGGAGAAAUGGGAGAGUUCUCUGUUGUCGUUCCAAGCCGGAAGCGCGGUCAGCUCAAGAUCGCUCCUUCGCACAGAAUCAAGCAGUUCAACGUCGCACCCUAUGUUCGGCUCCCCACCAAAAACGAGCUUGCCACGGCCGGACAGAAGAUCAUCGAUAUCCCAUACAAGCCCAGGGUCCAUCCCGAAGGCCUCAAGAUGCGGGAAAAGCCGUAUGGUCAUGCCGCCGAGGGCGAUGCUUUGGAAGAGUCUCUGAAACGGUAUCCCAGUGUUGGCAAGCUGCCAAGCGAGCGCCGCCAAUCUGAGGGCACUGCCGCAAAGAAACAAAAGACUGCCGACAAGGGCUCGGAGAAGAAAAAGUCGGCUGGAGAGCCGUCAUCGGCCAAGAAGGCCAAGAAGCAGUAACAGAGCGAAUACAUGACCCAUCCACCAUUCA